CCCUCACUGAAGCACUUGAACCACUUGAGCUGAAGCCAAACUUGUGUAAUAAACGCAACCGAUGACUGAUGGAUGAUAUGGGGAAAGAGGCGCCCAGCCCAUUUCUUUUGUGCUAAAGCGCUCAGUGAUUUCAUUGAGAUUUUCCCGGGCUGGUAGACGCAACUACAAUGGGCUCCCUCGCAUUGCAUCUCUUUUGUAUACGCGGCAUGUUUUCGGCUGGUUAAACUGGAGCAGUUUUGAACCUCUGGGACUUGCAGAAGAAUUUCUCGCUGAGCAUCCGGACGGGUCCCAAAGAAAAUGCACGGGAGAAACAGGUACAACCUGGUGGACGAUGUGGCGGAUUCCAGAGUCCCGCUUCACAAUGAGGAAGCGUAUCAACACGGAAUACACUUCCAAGCAAAGUAUAUUGGCAGCCUGGACGUCCCAAGACCCAACAGUCGCAUGGAGAUUGUCGCUGCUAUGAGAAGAAUCAGGUAUGAGUUCAAGGCAAAGAGUGUCAAGAAGAAGAAAGUGAGCAUAGUGAUCUCAGUGGAUGGAGUCAGAGUGUUGCUGCGCAAGAAACCCAAGAUGAAAGAGUGGACGUGGAAUGAGAGCAAGAUGAUGGUUAUGCUCGACCCCAUAUACAGGAUCUUCUAUGUAUCUCAUGAUUCUCAGGAUCUGAAGAUUUUCAGCUACAUUGCUCGUGAUGGAUCAAGCAACUUGUUCAGAUGCAAUGUGUUCAAGUCCAAAAAGAAGAGUCAGGCCAUGCGGAUAGUGCGAACGUUGGGACAGGCAUUUGAGGUGUGCCAUAAGCUGAGUCUGCAGCAUGCUGAGCAGAAUGUAGAUGAGCAGCCAGACAGCCCUGCAGACGGUCAGAGUGAUCAGUCUGGAGAAGAGCCCAGCACUGAAGGUCGGCAGCCAGUAGGAAUGGAACAUGGAAUGGAUAAUGUAACAGGAACAGAGUCACAUUCUGCAAAGCUCAGUGUGCAAGCUAUGGAUGACAUCCUUCAAAGCCUGUCAGAGCUCAACAUGGUGAAACCUGGACAAACCCUCCAGUCUUUGCAAGACCUGGAGGGUGUCUCGCUCUACACGUUGUCUCCCAGCACUCCUUGCUCUCCUUCUCUCACACCUUUGGCCACCAAACAUCACCUGCAGUUUCUCCAGCAACAGUUGCUACAGCAGCAACAACAAACACAGACUGCUGUAGCACAGGUGCAGCUCCUGAAGGAUCAGCUGGCAGCAGAGAUGGCGGCCCGCAUGGAGGUGCAGGCCAGAACUCACCAGCUGCUACUGCAGAACCAAGACUUACUGCAGCACACAGCCCUGCUGGUCAAACACCUCAGCCAACUGGAGAUAAGAGUCUAUGGAGCCACACAGAAAGAAGAGUCAACAUGGAGUAGCAUCCCCACUCGCUCUCUCUCUCUGAACCUGAAGAACCUUUACACUCCUCGCUCAGACCAGCCCAUCACCUCCUCUUCAACAGGGCAGCCAGAAAACCCUCCCUUCUCCUCCCACACUGAGUCCUACCUCAAUCUGCUAAACCUGCGUGGUGUACCACCCAACAUUAGAGCCAAUGGGAUGCCAGAGAACAUAAGAAGUGAAGAGGGAUUGGAUGCAGCGAGAAGGGAAGUUGCUAAGCUAGAGACUCUUAGUUCGACGGCACUUGAUGAGAGGUUUCAACAAAUUAUCCCUAAGUUGGAACCUCCACCCCAGCCACUCAACCGCAAGCGCUCAAACAGGACUCUCUCUCCUGGUGUAGAGGCGGAGAUAAAAUUGGCUGCCAUGCCCAUAAAUGGGAGUGUGCUCCCAAGGAUGAACAGCUCAUCCUACCCUGACAUCACUCUUUGCUCCGUUUCACCUGGAGAUUUCUACUCUUUUACCAAUAGGAUCAGUGUAUAUUGUUCAGCCAGUGAGGAUUCUGGCGUACGCUCGGAUGACAAAUCCCUAGUCUCCCCCCAAUCCAGAGAUGACCCAUCUGAUGACCAGAGCUCUGCUUUCAUCUCUACAUCCAGCACCUGCAGCAGCUUGCCUGAGGAUCAUCCACCUGUGGAUGGUGGGAAUUUACCACAUUUUACAACACCAAUAGGCUAUGAGCAAACAAUUCAGUUUUCUUUGCCUCUGAAUGAAACCUGCCUUCAUAUUAGCUUGAGUGAAGAUGAACGUCUGGAGGACAGCACCUAUAAUGUCUCAACCCCAUGUUAGAGUUGGACCAAUCAACCAGUGGUUUCACUGGAACAUCAUGAGAUUUCACAACUGCUAUGGAACUCCAAAUCACAGCUUGUAAAGGAGAAAAUUUCAUAAUUGACAUCUAAAACUACUUUGUGGCCGGAUGAGAUACUGACCACACCCUUUUACUUUUAUUUUGCAUACUGAAUUAUGCAAAUCUUUGGUCAGCAGCCAUAUCACCUGGUUGCCCAAUAAAGCUAAGCAGGGUUGAGCCUGGCCAGUACCUGGAUGGGAGACCUACUGGGGGGAACUAAUGUUGCUGGAAGUGGUAUUAGGGAGGCCAGCAGGUGGUGUUAACCCUGUGGUCUAUGUGGGUCCUAAUGCCCCAGUAUAGUGAUGGGGACAUACUGUACAAACGUACCGUCUUCUGGAUGAGACGUUAAACCGAGAUCCUGACUCUCUGUGGUCAUUAAAAUCCCAGGGCACUUCUUGUAAAGAGUAGGGGCAUAACCUUGUUGUCCUGGCCAAAUUCCCCCAUUGGCCCUUAUCUAUC